AUGGCCCUCCUCGCCCUCGUGCUCGAACUCGUGGCCGACAUCCUGGCCGGCGCGGAGGUUACUCAGCAUCUGCUGAGCGGUGAUGAGGUGGUCGUUGGCUCUCGUGGCGACGGCGAAGACCGCAUCGCGCAAGCCGGGUGCCUCAGCGCCCUGCCGGAAGACGUCCUCCUCCCGCAGCCCCGCCUGGGCCAUGACAUCCAGCGGCAGCAUCACGGCGCCCUGCCUGUACUGACCGGGCUGCUGGGUCCGGUCCGCCGACUCCGCGCGCUGCGGGAACGCCACGAGCGGCAGCCCGCGCAGCACGGCGGCGAUGCCCACGGCCUUGCCGAUGUGCGAGGCCAGAUGGUCCGCCGUCACGGAGGUCAUCGGCAGCGCCGACAGCGUCAGGUAGAACAGCGUCGAGAUGCUGAUGGACGACCUCUGAAGAAGCGACGCUUUUUCGCCGAAGAAGAAGAUCUUUCUGCUCCUCCCUCGACAAGCGAUUCUACCUUGUCGGAGGAUCAUCACCAAAAGAUCCUUGCUCAGAACGCUCAAGAUGCGACUCCAGCGUCGUCUAACUCACACUUGGACUUACAGGGUACCAGCGUCGUUCCUCCUGAGCAAACCGCCCUCGCGAACCCAGAUUUGCCACCGUCUAAUUGGAGCGAGGAAAGCCCGGAGCAAAAAACAGACGACGGCUUCGAUACCGCCACCUUCUUGGCUAUAGUUGGACAACAUGUCCCUGAUCACAUCAUUACAAAGAUACGCAAAGCAUCGGGGGAUGACCUUGAAAGGGCUGUGAACAUCUUUUUCGAUGGAUCCUGGAGAUCGCCCCCGAAGGCCACCCUGAGCCAAACAACCCUCUUGCCUCGCGAACGAACCCUUCCUACGCAACUCUCCCCUCCAAUUACCCGUUCACCACCGACCCCUGCGAACAAGACUUCUAGCACGGAUCAAGCCAGUUCGCGACUGGUGUCACAACCUCAGCUGAGAUAUAUAGGCGCAUUCGGUGUCGGAGCGUGGGCUACAAGGAGUGGUGUAGGGCUGGUCAAGCAUGGGGAGCACGUAAACAUUGAGCGCGCGCGAUCCCAACCCGUCGCAAAACGUGGCCGAACGGGCAAGAUAAUCAGUAAUCAGAAAGGCGAUGUUCUUACUCGGUUUACCACCAAGUCCGGCCAGGAGGUAGGGCGUCUACCUCGGGAAACGGCCGAAUGGGUAUCGACUUUGCUAGACCAGAAAGUCUGCCAUCUUGAGGGGGUGUGUGUCUUUGCACCGGACAGGAUCCGCGUGAACGACACGAUCUACCUGCAAUUAUGGUGCUACCUUCGCAUCGAAGCGUUCCAGCCUCGCAUGCUCGAUGACUCUGAUGACAACAGGUCGACUACGAUAUUCGAGGAGAAGGAAAGCAUUGAAGAAAAGAAGCUGCGCCUUCGCCAGGUCGCUCUCGUGAAGCUUUUCGAUGAGAUUGGGCUUCAGCCGACUUCGUGUAAUGAUAUGACAAAGAAGCAUAAAAAAGAAGGAUUGCUACGUGCAGCGGAGAUGGCCGAUCAGUAUGACCGAGUCAAGAAGGAAAAUCAAGCGAACAACGACUCGUCCGAAGAGGAAGAGACGCCUGAGCUCCAAGAGGACCAGCUUGACACACUUUACAAGAAAGCUCAAUCGUUCGACUUUAGCAUGCCCGAAGCGAAUCCUCCGUCUACAUUCACAUUAGAUUUGCGCAAAUAUCAGAGACAAGCACUAUACUGGAUGCUGGCGAAGGAAAAGGACAAGAAGUCCGCCAGGGAGGAGUCUCUGCAUCCCUUGUGGGAAGAAUAUUUUUGGCCAACGAAGGAUGUGGAUGACAAGGAGUUGCCUGCGGUGGAUGGCAUAGACCAUUUCUACGUCAAUCCGUACUCUGGAGAGCUUACUCUCGAGUUCCCAAAGCAGGAACAACAUUGUCUCGGUGGUAUUCUUGCUGAUGAGAUGGGUCUUGGCAAAACCAUCGAAAUGCUGAGUCUGGUGCAUUCCCAUAGAAACGUGCCUCAGAGUUCUGGUGGCUUGGUGAGGCUCCCCCAAUCUUCUGGUAGGGUUUCCGCUCCGUACACGACUCUUGUCAUCGCACCAACAUCGCUGCUUGCGCAGUGGGAGAGCGAGGCAUUAAAAGCCUCUCAGCCUGGGACAUUGAAGGUCCUCAUGUACUAUGGAACGGAGAAGAAUGUCAAUCUCAGAGAUCUGUGUGCUGCCGGAAACGCAGCUGCCCCGAACGUGAUCAUCACGAGUUACGGAGUUGUACUUGCAGAGCACCGUCACCAUGCGUCCGCUGUCCUUUCCCAGUUGGGCUCAGGCGGUCUAUUCUCUUUGGACUUUUUCCGGAUUAUCAUCGAUGAAGCGCAUAUGAUCAAGAACCGGCAAUCCAAAUCCGCGAAGGCGUGCUAUGACUUGAGCGCAACACACCGCUGGGUUCUUACCGGUACACCCAUCGUCAACCGUUUGGAGGAUCUGUUCAGUCUGGUGCGGUUCCUGAAGGUUGAGCCUUGGAACAACUUCUCUUUCUGGAAAACUUUCAUCACCGUGCCGUUCGAGUCGAAAGACUACGUCCGAGCUUUGAAUGUCGUACAGACUGUGCUUGAGCCCCUGGUUCUCCGACGGACGAAGGCCAUGAAGACCCCUGAGGGUGAGCCUCUUGUACCGCUGCCACGGAGAACGAUCCAGAUCGAGGAGGUUGAGCUCCCCGAGCAAGAGCGUGAGAUUUACGACCUGAUCUACACUCGUGCUAAGCAGACCUUCAACAACAACGUCGAGGCCGGUACUCUGCUGAAGUCAUACUCAACGAUCUUCGCACAGAUUCUCCGUCUACGCCAGACGUGCUGUCACCCCAUCCUCACCCGCAACAAAGCAAUUGUCGCCGACGAGGAAGAUGCCGCAGCAGCCGCCGAUGGAGCCAGCGAUCUGAAGGAUGACAUGGACCUGCAGGACCUCAUUGACCGCUUUAAAGCUACCACGGAAGCAGCAGGCACCGAUCAAGCUCAAGACCCUCUCGCCAAAUUCACCUCGCAUGCGUUAAAACAAAUUCAGACCGAGUCCAGCGGCGAAUGCCCGAUCUGCUCCGAAGAGCCCAUGAUCGAGCCCGCGGUGACAGCGUGCUGGCACAGCGCGUGCAAGAAAUGCCUCGAGGACUAUAUACGCCACCAGACAGACAAAGGGGUACCACCUCGUUGCUUCUCGUGCCGGGGGCCCGUCACCUCCAAGGACAUCUUCGAGGUGAUCCGACACCAGUCCCCCAACUCGACGCCCACUGCAGAAACAGAUAUAUACAACAGCACGCCGCCGCCGAACCCGCAAGCACCGCCGCGAAUCUCCCUCCGACGCAUCAACCCCCUCUCCCCGUCCGCGCACACGUCCGCCAAAAUCCACUCCCUCCUCAACCACCUCACCCGCAUUCCCCCGACCAACAAAGCCGUCGUCUUCUCCCAGUUCACCAGCUUCCUAGAUCUCAUCUCCCCGCAACUCACCCGCGCCGGCAUCCCGCACGUCCGUCUCGACGGUACGAUGCCUCAAAAAGCCCGGGCCGAGACCCUCGCGCAGUUCAACCAAACCGAAGAUUUCCUCCCCGAAGAAGAAGAAGACGACUUCAUCGAAGACCCCGACCAACAAACCUCUCUCAACACCCCGCGUCCACAACCACGAACCACCAAGACCAAACUCAGGAGCAAAAACCCCACCGCAGACUCCGCCGCUACCAUCCCGCGCGUCCUCCUCAUCAGUCUCCGAGCCGGCGGCGUAGGCCUCAACCUCACGGUCGCCAACCACGUCUUCAUGAUGGACCCGUGGUGGAGCUUCGCGAUCGAGGCGCAGGCGAUCGACCGCGUGCAUCGCAUGGGCCAGCUGCGCGAUGUCUCGGUCACGCGGUUCGUGGUCAAGGACUCGAUCGAGGGCCGCAUGUUGCAGGUGCAGGAGCGCAAGAUGAAUAUCGCUGGCUCGUUGGGGCUGAGGGUUGGAGGGGAUGGGUCGGAGGAUGAGAAGAAGAAGGAGCGUAUCGAAGAGCUGAAGCUUUUGUUUGAGUAG